UCGAGCGGACGUUGGGACUUGGGGUUGGAGAGACAGAAUUUCUCAUCAAUGGAUUAUUUAUAUUUAUGUUAUUGUAAAUAGUAAACGACAGUAGCAUUUUUUAAACCCCAAUUUAUUUUUAUUAUUUGUUAUAUGACAAAAAAAAACAUGCAGCGUCGAAGGGGACCAAACUUUACUUACGUUAGUGGAUGUGUGAAGUAUAUGAUUUUUGUGCUGAAUUUUGUAUUUUGGUUGCUCGGAGGACUAUUGAUAGCCAUUGGAUUAUAUGCAUUCCUCGAUAAAUGGCAGGCUACAGGACUCAUAAAGUUGGACACAGUGUAUGACGUGAUGCUAAACAUCAGCCUGUUACUCGCGCUGCUAGGGGCCGUGGUGUUUGUCGUCAGCUUCGCGGGUUGCGUUGGUGCCUUGCGGGAAAACACAUGCCUGCUCAAAUUUUACUCCCUCUGCCUUCUAAUCCUGUUCCUUGUGGAGAUGGGCGGCGCCGUCUGCGGCUUCGCGUUCCCGCGCUCUCUUCACGGAUUCCUUGAGAUUGGCUUCACGGAGAGAGUACUUCACGCGUAUAGAGAUGAUCCUGAUCUUCAGAACUUCAUAGAUUUUGCUCAGAGUGAUUUCCACUGCUGCGGCCUCACCUCCGACGGCUACAUGGACUGGUCGAAGAAUGAGUACUUCAACUGCUCGUCGCCCUCCGUGGAGCGCUGCGGGGUUCCGUUCUCGUGCUGCAUCAACGCCACCGACAUCGCCUCGGGGCUUGUCAACAUCAUGUGCGGAUAUGGGGCCCAGAACUAUCCGGUGGCUGAAGCGAGCAAGCGCGUCUGGACAAGCGGGUGCAUAGAAAUAGUUCGCUCCUGGAUGGAACGCAACCUCUACACUAUAGCGUCUGUGGCCCUGGGGGUAGCCCUGUCACAGCUGUUCGUCAUAUACCUGGCCAAGACUUUAGAGGGACAGAUCGAGCUGCAGAAAUCCAGAUGGCAGACAUGAAACAGGGGCACGGCGGGCGCCUACCGCGACGACUGCCGCCGCGCGCUGCUGUAGCCCCCGGCCUCCGCCUCCGCCUCCUCCGCCUCCGCCACCUCCGCCUCCUCCGCCUCCGCCCCCGCUCCCGCUCAUGCUCUACAUCUCUAACCGGCUCAGACGGAACCCGCUCCUGCGCAAGCUCCGUCUCUCUUACUAGAAGAGAACACAGGGGGAAGAGUAGUACUAGGGACGUAAGUAAUCAAAUGUGGAGUGUGUUUAUUUUGGCGGAACAUGUAGGGGAAUAUAAUCAUGGAAAAUACUUAAAUGCGAAUGAUAUGCUGUUGUUAUAGUUUUGAAUCUCGAGAGGGCACUUAGAUUUGCAUAUAUAGUCAAAGGCGUCAAAGAUAUUCAUAAACGAGUGAACUUCAUAUUUUAUAUGCAAAUAUAGGCCCGUAACUCUCGCCGUCGCAAUAACGCAAUUUUACACCAUAACAAAUAUAUGAAAAAUAAAAAUAAAACACCAAGUUAGAGGUUUUUGACUAGUAACUGACUCGCAUCCAGGCCAUAAUUGUAAAAAAAAACCAGUUACUGACGACAAGGACGAAACAAUACGUAGAAGUGUCAACGCAUAGCUGCGUCCCUCUCGUCAGUUCUGUAUUUAUAUUUAGGAGCGCUUAAAAGUUAAAAAGUCACGGGUAAAUUUCAUAUUUGUGUUAUAUAUUCUAGAAUUAAUUGAUACAUUUAUAUCACAAAAAUAUGACGUACAUUUUGUAUAGGCAAUUUUCGUUACACAAUGGAUUAUACAAUAAUCCAAAACUUUAAAAUUUUGAUUUAUCUUAGUUGUUAUACACAGUUGAAUUAUUGAAAAUCAUACAUGUAUAAGUCACAAUUAUUAUUUAACUCGCUUAUCAAAAUUCUCAUUUAAGUAUUUACCAUGUCUACUAAGUGUCACAAAAUUCGUAGGCGUGAGGCAGACGUAACACAGUGGAAAGGUAGCCCGCUUUGUAUUUAAGGACGAGUUACCCAGUGUAACACAAUUGACUCUUUAGGUGAAUUGAAGUUUUGUGAAGGUAACACAGUGGACUUGAACGGAUUUAUACUGUCUCAAACAAACUAGGUUUGUUUUAUGACGUUAGCCAAAAAAAGCAGUUUAAUUAUAGUCGUCGCCUUUUUUCUAUCUCAUUGCAAAUUAAACUUUGAUCUCUAAGGAAUAAUGCCUACAUUGCGCUAGCAAUAUUUAGGUGACAUAUGACGUUGAGAUAGUAAGAAGACGAUUGUUUUGUGGAUUUUAAAUAUAAUGUACCUAUAUUAGUAUUAUAAGAAUGUAUGUUAUAAGAAUAUUAAAUAUAUUAGUGAUUUAUUAAAUAUAAAAUGAAGGCUAUUCGAAAAGAAAAUAUAAGCAUUUUCUUUCGGAAAACUUUAAUAUUCCAUAUUAAUCGAACACGAGUCAGCAAAAGAUAUAUUACUAAGUUUUUCUCAGGCCAUAACUCGUUAAGAGUCACACGAACCAAGCCGCCGCGAUACAAUCGAAAUUACGCUCUCAUUUUAAAACGAAAUUAAGAAAUGACAUGAAAUUUGACAUGAACAUUCAAGUGUAUGUCUAAUCGUUGCUAGUAAUUGCAAUACAAAUAAAAUAGAGGGAGUAGAAGCUUUAUAUGUAAACUAGCUUUUGCCCGCGACUUCGCCGCGCAUUUGGGUAGCUUAUUUUUUAUCCAAUCUGUUUUUAAUCGAUUCCCCAUACAAACUUUCACCCCACUUUUCAACUCCUUAAAGAAUGACUUCUGGGAAAAAGAACUACCCUAUGUCCUUCCCCGGGACUCAAACUAUUUCUAUACCAAAUUUCAACUAAAUCGGUUCAGCGGUUUAAGCGUGAAGAGGUAACAGACAGACACACUUUCGUAUUUAUAAUAUUAGUAUGAAUAUAAAUGCAGCUAAUUGGCGGGUUCUUAUGACUCUUAUGUGAUUUAGGGAGAUGUAUGAUGAAGCAACGUGAACGCCAGAA